AUGGAGUUUGGUCUGUUAUGGCGUGGUUGGAUUAUGGAGUUAUUGAAAUAUUUGAGGGCUUCGGUUUUGGUCAAUGGUUUGCCUACCAAUGAAUUUCAGAUUCAUCGUGAUUUGAGACAGGGAGAUCCUCUUUCUCCUUUCCUUUUCAUAUUGGCGAUGGAGGGUCUUACGUGGCUUUGGUUAGAGCUCAGAUGGCUAACGUGUUUAGGGGAAUCUCCUAUUUCAGGCAUUGAAAUUUCUCAUCUUUUAUAUGUUGGUGAUGUUAUGUUGAUUUCUUCUUGGGAUCCUGAGAAUGCGAAGCGUCUGAUUCAUAUGCUUCGUUGUUUCUUUAUGGCUUCAGGUCUUAAAAUCAAUUUACAUAAAAGCAAACUGAUUGGUGUGGGGAUUCCUUUAUCUCAGGUCUCUAGUGUUGCAGACAUGAUUGGAUGUGCAGUUUCUAAGCUUCCUUUUAUCCACCUCGAUGUUCCUGUUGGUCAGAAUAUGUCUCGUAUCUCUACUUGGUCUCCUGUGUUUGAUCGGUUUCAAAGCAGAUUGUCAGGCUGGAAGGCUAAAUGCAUUUAUUUUGGUGGUCGGCUUACUUUGGUUAAGUCGGUUCUAGGUUCCUUAAGUAGUUACCUAAUUUCGAUUUUUCUUGCUCCCGCUUCGGUUCUAAAGUCUUUAGAGUCGAUGUGA